GAUGGCGGGAGAGCGGGGCCGCUGUGGAGACCAGAGAGGAGACGGGGGCGGGCAGCCACGUGGUGGCCGUGGUGGUGUGCGGGCAGGUGGCGUUCUCUUACCGCCCCGAGCAGGCGGGGGCGGCGGGCAGCAGCAACCGCGUGACGGGCAGCACGGUGUGGCGCCCGCCCACCGCCGAGGCGGGCAGCGGGGAGCCCUCGUGGGCGCUGGAGUUCGCGGAGAGGAAGGAGUGGCGAAGGUUCCAGCAGCUGCACGACUCGUGCGCCCGGCGCAACGAGCGCAGCAUGUCGGCGCGCCGCAUCCCCAUCCCCAUCCCGGGUGUGCGCGUGGUGCCGUGGCGCUGGCACCUGCGCGGCUCCUCCGCCGCCAGCAGCAGCGUCAGCAGCGGCAGCGUCGCCGGGCCGGCAGAUGGCGCGCAGGUGGGUGAGGGGCGCGAGGCGUUCGUCCCCCCGGCGGAGUACAUCCGCGGCGUGGACGAGGCGGAGCAGGCGCAGGCGGGCAGCGCGCACGUGCUGUACGACCUGGACUCCGACGACGAGCGCUUCCUCGCCACCCUGCCAUCCCGCACAGUGGGAGGGGCGCAGAGUCAGGCAGCAGUGCAGGGCGCCAUACACAUGGCUGAUGGCAGCGCUGGGGGCCCGCUGGCCCAUGGGCAUGCGGCGAACCAUGCAGCGGCGCCAGGUGAAGCGGCGGCAGGAGCAGCGGCUUCAGGAGCAGGUUGGGCGAUGAGUGGCGAGCAGCUGGAGCGCGUGAUGGACCGCCUGGAGAAGGAGGCGUUCGCCGCUGGGGGCGCGCUCACCCACCACCACGCCCUGCGCUGCUGCCACCACCUGGCGCCCCCCGCUGCCGUGCUGGCUGCCGUCCACCACUGGCGCGCCAAGCGGCAGAGCAAAGGCACGGCGCUCUGCCGCCAUUUCCAGGUGAGCCGCCUGCCCGCACCACCUGCGCUGCGCAUUGUGCUGCAGCCUCUUGCCUCUUGCUGUGUGCUGCCUAUGCCGCUACUUGCUGCCUGCCCUGACGGCCUAAUCACCACUUGCUUCCGUGUCUCCUCCGUUGCCCAUGCCCCUCGCCAUACCACCCCACGCCGUACCACUCUAUUCCACCCCACGCCACGCUCGCGGCACUGCAGCGUGCGCCGUGGGAGAUCUACCAGGAGCAGGUGCGGGAGUGGCAGCGCCAGCUGCAGCUGCUGCAGGGGGGCGACCCCACGCUGCACACCCCCUCUCGCGCGCCCUCUCCCUCCACUCAAACGACCGGCGCUGGGCAGAGUGCGUGGGAGCAGAGGCAGGGCGGGGGAGCGGGUGUGGGCGGUGGGUCAGCGCAGGGAGACAGGGGUGCUGGGACUGACGGGCCAGCAGACGGCCAGCUGCAGCAGCAGGAGGGAGGAGUGAGGGAGCAGCAGAGAGAAGCGCGGUUGGGUGCAGCAGAGCAGCGGGGGGUGAGUGAGCAGCAGGCAGGGGCUCGAGGGGCGAGCGAGCAGCACCGUGCGUCUCACGCCGGUGCCGAAGUGGGCAGCACAGCAGCAGGCGUCUCUACUCCACUGCGCCUUGCCAGAAGCCCUGCUUCUCUCCAACCUUUCCCCUCACCGAAUAGCUUUGCCACCCCUGGCCUUGCCACCCCUGACCUUGCCACCCCUGGCCUUGCCACCCCUGGCCUGGCCACCCCGACCACCCCCGGCGCUGUCAGUGCAGCGCAGCAGCACGUGCCCGCCAUCCCGCGCCCGCCGCUCUUUGCCUUCUGUCUGCAGCCGCGUGCCUAUGCGCGCCGGCCCGCCCUACCCGCGCGCCCGCGCUCCACCAAGCGCGCGGCGCACCUCGCCGACCACACGGGCUUGGAGCAUCCAGCGUGGGGCGGCGCUGCACCCCUUGCUGGCAGCAUGGACCGCAGCCCCACGGUGGCAGGCGCGGCGGCGCAGGCAGGGGUGUCUCCCGUGGGCGAGGGGCGGCAGGGGUGGCGGCGGGAGGCGCUGGAGGGACUCGUGGCGCCCAAGAGGCAGCGCAGAGUGGUGUGCCUGGCAGG